AUGGGAUGCUGGAUUUUCAAUGAAAAACUCUCAGUGCUGUUAUUACUGGUGUGGCUGGGACUGAACUUCUAUUUGUUUAUUGAUACCUUCCACUGGUAUGAAGAUGACAAUGCUUACAUUUAUACACGGAUUAUGCUGGGAUCAACCCUGGCUUGGGCAAGAGCUUCUGCAACGUGCCUUAAUUUUAACUGCAUGCUAAUCCUGUUACCAGUUUGUAGAAACCUUAUUUCAUUCUUAAGAGGAGCAAGCAUUUACUGUGGAGGAGCAUUGAGGAGACAGCUUGACAAAAACAUCACAUUUCACAAGAUGGUUGCCUAUGGAAUAGCGUUAAAUGCAACCAUCCAUAUUGUUGCCCACUCCAUCAACAUCGAGCGGUAUCAUUCCAGCCAGUCAAAAGAAGCUGGCGAGUUACGGAAUAAACUUUCUGGUCUUGGCAAGAGUCCAAAUGAAAGCUACUUGAACCCAAUCAGGACCUAUGAAACAAGCACAAUAGGACAAUUACUAACCACAAUAGCUGGAAUAACUGGAGUUGUGAUAACGGUGGCUUUAAUUCUGAUCAUGACUUCGUCCACUGAGCUCAUCAGAAGGUCAUGCUAUGAGGUUUUCUGGUACACCCACCACCUCUUUGUGGUUUUCUUCACUGGUUUAAUAAUCCAUGGUAUGGGUCAGCUUGUCCGAGGUCAGACACACCAGAGUCUGCUGCUUCACAAUGUCACCUACUGCAAAGAUCACUACUGGGAAUGGGAGAACGCCACUCAGUGCCCUUUGCCAGAGUUUUCUGGCAACAAACCUGUGGCUUGGAAGUGGCUUUUAAGUCCUAUGGUGUUGUACAUCUGUGAAAGAAUUGUUAGGUUUUGGAGAUUUCAGCAGGAAGUUGUCAUUACUAAGGUGGUGACACAUUCCUCUGGAGUCCUUGAACUCCACAUGAAGAAACAUGGCUUUAAAAUGGGAGCUGGCCAAUAUAUAUUUCUACAGUGCCCAUCUGUCUCACAGCUGGAGUGGCACCCUUUCACCCUCACCUCAGCUCCUGAGGAGGACUACUUCAGCGUCCACAUACGGCUCGUAGGGGAUUGGACUGCAGCCCUUUUCAAGGCCUUUGGAGCAGAGGAAAAAUCUUUGAAGGAAUUGUGGAUGUUACCAAGACUGGCUGUGGAUGGACCAUAUGGAUCUGCAACCACAGACAUCUUCCACUACCGAGUCAGUGUGUGCAUUGCAGCAGGAAUUGGAGUCACACCAUUUGCCUCUAUUUUAAAAUCCAUUUGGUACAAAUGCUGCAACCCUAACACAGUAGUGGCACUGCAGAAGGUUUAUUUUUACUGGAUUUGUCGAGACCCAUCAGCAUUUGAGUGGUUUGCUGAUCUUCUGUUCCAUUUGGAAACAAAAAUGGGUGAAAAAUGGAAAAAUGAUUUUCUAAGCUAUCAUAUAUUUCUUACUGGCUGGGAUGAAAGUCAGGCUACUCACAUAGCCCUACAUUGUGAUGACAAGAUGGAUGUAAUUACUGGUUUGAGACAGAAAACCUGUUAUGGAAGGCCAAACUGGGACAAUGAGUUCAAGCAACUAGCUGAAAACCAUCCUGGCAACAGCAUUGGUGUAUUCUUCUGUGGACCCAAGGCGCUCUCUAAGAUCCUGCAGAAGACAUGCCACUCAUAUUCAUCAGUUGAUCCAAGAGGAGUCCAGUUUCACUACAACAAAGAAAGUUUCUAG